CCCGUUAUUUCCUGCGGUACCUCUGCCCGGUCUGCCUGCUGCAGUCUGCGGGUGCACGCUAACGGAGUGGCCGUCGAGAGAUUUUCAGCGUUCGCUAGUCUCACCCUGGUCUUCUCGUUCUCGCCAUCCUUGCAGGUGUUGGAAAGGCUCGUAGUUUCUUCUUUUUCCCAGGUUUGAUUUGACGGUAUCGUGGAGAGCGUGUGUACGGGCAGCUAGUUUUAACAAUGGCGACAGCUGCGGUAUCUGCCCCUGUUGGCGGCGCCCCGAACCCCGGAUCGGGUGCUGAGUUGGUCCGUGGGCAGGCCUUCGACGUGGGUCCGCGCUACAGCAACCUGUCGUACAUCGGAGAGGGCGCCUAUGGCAUGGUGUGCUCAGCCUAUGACCGGGACAGUAAGGUGCGGGUGGCCAUUAAGAAGAUCAGCCCGUUCGAGCACCAGACGUACUGCCAGCGCACGCUGAGAGAGAUCAAGAUCCUUCUGCGCUUCAAACACGAAAACAUCAUUGGCAUCAACGACAUCAUCCGCACGCCCUCCAUCCACCACAUGAAAGACGUGUACAUUGUUCAGGACCUGAUGGAGACAGACCUGUACAAGCUGCUCAAGACGCAGCACCUGAGCAACGACCACAUCUGCUACUUCCUGUACCAGAUCCUGCGUGGCCUCAAGUACAUCCACUCCGCCAACGUGCUGCAUCGCGACCUGAAGCCCUCCAACCUGCUCCUCAACACCACCUGCGACCUGAAGAUCUGUGACUUCGGCCUGGCCCGGGUGGCGGACCCGGAUCACGACCACACCGGCUUCCUGACCGAGUACGUGGCCACGCGCUGGUACCGCGCCCCCGAGAUCAUGCUCAACUCCAAGGUGAGUGACCACGCCCGCUGUGUGACCACGCCCACGGUGCGAUCAUGCCUUCAUCAUGCCUUCAGUGACCACGCCCACUGUUCCCAAUCCCGAAGGUCGGCUCAUCCUGCGAGUGCUUCAACAGCCAUUCGAACUCUGGACCAGCUCAACCACAUCCUGGGGAUCUUGGGCUCGCCUUCCCAGGAGGACCUGAACUGCAUCAUCAACAUUAAAGCGCGGAACUACCUGCUGUCGCUGCCGCUGCGCUGCAAAGUGCCGUGGAACCGCCUCUUCCCCAACGCCGACCCCAAAGCUCUGGAUUUGUUGGACAAAAUGUUGACCUUUAACCCCCACAAGCGGAUCGAGGUGGAAGAGGCACUGGCCCACCCCUACCUGGAGCAGUAUUACGACCCCACAGACGAGCCUGUAGCAGAGGCCCCCUUUAAGUUCGACAUGGAGCUGGACGACCUGCCCAAAGAGACGCUGAAGGAGCUCAUCUUUGAGGAGACUGCACGCUUCCAGCCCGGCUUCAGGUCCUAAACCCCCCCAGACGGGCCCAGGACUGACUCCGCCCCAACGCUGCUGUUCUUCUGCUGGCUUCUUCUAAACGAUGUGCUGUGGCCACGGCUCUGCCCCGCCAUCUUUACCCACCCUGCCCCGCCCCUCACCCACCCUGCCCCGCCCCCCACUCGCCAACUAUACCCGCCCCCCACUCGCCAUGCCCCGCCCCACCCAAUCGCUCUGGAUCCGCGCUCACUAUUUCUCCCCCCAUUUUAUUCUCUCUCUCUCUCGCCUGCUCUCCUCUGGCUGUGUCAUGGGGUGUGGUUUUUGGGGGUUGGGGCGAGGGGUGUGUGUUUUGAGUGAGUUGGAGAGCGUAGGGUUUUGGAGUUUGUUUCAAUCAGCCUUUUUGUCUUGCAUUUCCAGAACAGAAAUGGUGAUUAUUCUCAGAUGUUGUCAUUAUUACGAUUAUUGUUGUUGUCAUUAUUAACCUUGAGAUAAGACGGCGAUGAGGUUUGAGUCUGUGUGUAAUCCACCUCUCGUUGAGGCAGUGGGUGGGGUUUGUAAGAUGCUCUCAGGCCACACCCACCACUGAUCACUCUGUUUCUGCAGCACAGACACACAUCCUCCAAUCACAGCGGCAGACAUGAACACAUGCUUCAGCUCUGCGAUCGCUCGAAGCCUCCCUUUCUGCCGCAUUUCUGUUUGCUGUGAAGCUUGUGCUUCCUGCAGGUUUGAUAGCAGGCGGGUUUCUGUCCUGACAGAGAUGGAUGUGUGUGUGUGUGGGAUUGGGGGGCCUGGUCGGGGGGGGGGGUGGGCAUGCACCCCACCCAUCUCUGCUUGGGGCACAGAGAUGUCUUUCCAUCUUUUAGAUCAUCUGCAGCGGGACAUGCUCACACAGGCAUUAUUACCUUCCACGAGGAAGGCCUGGCUCCCUGUGUGCUUCUACAACUCCAGCACCAUUUUAGCUCCCUAACCCUUAUACCGCUACUGAUAGAACUAGAGCUAGUGCUACAGCUAGAGCUACUGCUACAGCUAGUGCUACUGCUAGAGCUACUGCUACAGGUACUUAUUCAGAUAGAGCUACCACUGCAGCUAGAGCUCUGUGAAUUUUCUUUACACGCCCAUUUUAUCUCCAGUGCCAUAUUUGCCCAAGAAAGGUUGAUCAGGGGAGACACAAUCUCACCACUACUGGAGGAAAACCUCUCAAUCCCUGAUCUCCAGUCACCUUCAGCCCACAAGCCUGUAAGAACUCCCCUCUCAGGGCUAGGCCAUGUUAGCCAAUAGGAACUCUGGUCUGGUCUCGUGGGAGGUGGUUUAUCGAGGUCAAAACUCUAUUUUAUUUCUGCAUCUUUCUUCUCAGGCUGUCAAACACUGAGAGGAGGGACCUGAAGCCUGCCCCCCCUCCCCCACCACCCACUCAGGCCGCCAUUGACUUCACCUCCCUCCCUCUCUCCAUCUCUCUCCACUCUUUCGAGCGUUGUGCCUCUUCUAUUCUCCCUCUGUGUUGAGUCAGUCUCUCUCUCUCCCUCUCUUGCCUUGUAACAGAAGACUGUGCCCUUGCCUGACUGUUAAAAGCUUUCUAUACAAAGAUGAAGUGCCACAUUACUGGGCAUUCCACACGGGAAUCUCAGGAUCCUCUUCCUGUCCCUCUGUGGUCUCACACUUCCCAAACGGCUUUCCUCACCGUUCCUCUAUUUUAAUGCAUCAGCUCAGUCGCCCCCUCCAUCCUAGAGCAGCCCAUUUCAGCUCAGUCACCCCCUCCAUCCUACAGCAGCCCAUUUCAGCUCAGUCACCCCUCCAUCCUAGAGCAGCCCAUUUCAGCUCAGUCACCCCUCCAUCCUAGAGCAGCCCAUUUCAGCUCAGUCACCCCUCCAUCCUAGAGCAGCCCAUUUCAGCUCAGUCACCCCCUCCAUCCUAGAGCAGCCCAUUUCAGCUCAGGUGCAGAGCAGCUUCAAUGUCAGUGAUGGCUCCUCAGCCAGUUAACACCUGUUUGCAUGAAGCGAGCGUACUCGUACAAAUCUGAGCAUCUUUGCUCCUGAACACCAUUAUCUUUGAUCCAUCUGCUGACAUCAGUUUAAAAUGGGAAAAUAGGUGCAGUUGGAAGCUUUAUUCCACAUAUAUAGACAACUGAACUUUAUAAAGCAGCUGUUUCUCUUCAGUACUGGAGUCAAAGUUUAUUGUGUAAUCCACCCGGAUAUGCAACAGACAGACCUGGCCAACAGGCUUUCAUUGGCUAUUUCGUGCUAAAGAUUUGAACACCUCGCUUUGGAUAAACUAAAAAGAUAUUUUCCAUGACUUAAAUCACAAAAACAGAAAAAAAUAAUGGGUAUUGUAGUCAUGGAAGAUCGGCCAAUGUGUCAGGUUGAUAGGCCUGUUGAGGGACCAUCUCCUCUGGCAGAAAAAACAAUACAUUUAGGUAAACCUCCCCUCUCCUUUCUAAUGAGCAUUCACUGCACUUAAUAUGUACUCACUGAAACGCCAUAUUACAUGCUGUCUCAGUCCACACCCAGUCAGGUACAGUACUUCAAGGGUCUAAAGGUGGGGGUGGGAAUUCUCCGGAAACACUCUGCAGAUCCUCCUGUAAGAUAGCUUGUGCUGGUCCCUGUGCAGCCUGUAUGGUUUUGUGCCUUUAUUGGUCUUGUAUAACAAGAUUUCCUGCUCAGCUUUGUUUAGAUGGAUCAGUUGUGAUUGCAGUCCUUCAUUCUCACGGUUAUGUAAUUAAAGAGAAGUUAUAUGGCAUCAGCUUUGUGAUGGUUAUUCUGUAUUGAAAAGGUGAAAAGAUAGCUUUUUAUUUUAUUUUUUGCUUCUGGUCCCCACUUUAUACCCCCCCAUUUGCCUUCUUUUCCUUUUGGAUGUUUUGUGUAAGCCCUUUUUUAUUUGUAAAAUGAAUGUUAUGUUUCUAGUGAAUAUUAAUCUUGUUAAAGAAUUGUUUCCAUGUAUUAAACUACUCCUCUGUAAGUAUGUUUUGAUUAGUAGAACAUUUUAUUGUGAAUCUCACUUUAAAAAAGAAAAAAAAGAAAAAGGCAGUUGUGAACUUUGGGGUGCUUGCUAGCAUUUCUUGCCGAUAAUAGAGGAAAGUUGGAUUGUGGGAUUUUAAGGUUCCUCUGAAGGAAUGCACUCUAAAGGGCCAUUUCACACUGGCCACAAAGAUGGGCCUGCAGACUGCAGACCUCCAUCUUGAAUUACUGAUGUCAACAUUAUUUUAUCUGCCAUGACCUGUAACCACCUGAAAACACCUGAAUAAACACACUCUACCCUG